AUGAUCAAUCCACAACUGAAGACCUGGGUUAACUUUAGCACGCCGGAAGCUCGCAGCAUUGUGCGCAAAAUACUCGCAUCAGCUCCUCAUCAUGAACUCGGUCUCAGGACGCACGAGAUUUACGAAAGAGCACACGCAGAGUUCCCAGAUGUAACUACAGACAUCCCACCAGGGAAGCCGAUCCCUACCGGCACCCGCAACCAUGGAGGCAGGAUUAAACCCGCCAAACCUGUACCUCUCCCACCCAAACUAGAUCAUGCAAUUCGUUCAGUAAAAUACCUGAAAAAAACAGUCCUCGAGGAAAUGGUAAUGGCCCGGGAAAUCGAGAAGGUACACAUAAAACGAGGAAAACUUCAUGAAGACGGCACUCGCGAUAUAUCUAUCGUGUCUAAGGCACAUGGCAAGACAGACAUCACAAGUCACUUAAAUAUGCCUGAGUCCAGUAUCUGGCGCUGGAGGUUGACACCGGACUACGAGACCAAGAUAAAUAACUACCCCAAACCUCCAAUAGAAGCAAUCCUUUGGAAACCGGGAGAGAAAGAAGCUAGAAGAAAGGCUCGCGGGGGCAUAGAUUCUGCGAUUCUACAACAGACCAAGAAAUACGAAAAGCCGAUGGAAGAGACUGGGAAGUUGGACAUGUCGAUGGGGAUAAAAGCUAUCAACGAUGCGAUUUUACAACAGACCAAGGGACAUGAAAAGCCAGUAGAGGAGACCGGAAAGCUGGACAUGCUGGAGGGCACCAAAGCUGACAGCGAUACGCCAAUAGCGAAAAGAGUCAAGGCUCCCGAGUUUCCUGCAUUCGGCCUCUAG